AUGUCUUCCUACGAUGGAUCGCGGUCCGCCCGCCAAUCUAAGCGGUACUCCAUGUCCGCGCUGUACAUGUCCAUGUCAGCAAACGAGACUGAUCUCGAGAUUGAGGAUGACCUGGCCAAGGCCCAGAAGAUCCUACGCGAACUCAAGUCCAAGAUCUCGUCCCAGUCAAAGAAGAACUUCGUCCUCGAAAAAGAUGUGCGAUACCUCGACUCGCGAAUCGCUCUUCUUAUCCAGAACCGAAUGGCGUUGGAAGAACAGAACGAAGUUGCGAGCCAUUUGGAAGACGCCACUGAGAUGCAGGAGGGCGACUUCCCCAACGACGAUAAGACGCAAAAGUAUGGCAACUUGAUGUUCCUGCUGCAAUCCGAGCCGAGACACAUCGCCCACCUUUGUCGUUUGGUGUCCAUGUCCGAGAUCGAUUCUCUGCUGCAGACCGUCAUGUUCACCAUUUACGGUAACCAGUACGAGAGUCGUGAGGAGCACUUGCUCUUGACCAUGUUCCAGUCCGUCCUUACCUACCAAUUCGACAACACCCCCGAAUACUCGUCGCUUCUCCGCGCCAACACCCCAGUAUCGCGAAUGAUGACCACCUACACAAGGAGAGGACCCGGACAGAGUUUCCUCAAAUCAGUGCUGGCCGAUAGGAUCAACAGCUUGAUUGAGCUGAAGGACCUCGACUUGGAGAUUAACCCACUCAAGGUCUACGAGCGCAUGUGUGAACAGAUUGAGGAGGACACUGGCAGCCUUCCCGCUUCGCUGCCCAAGGGCAUCACAGCUGAACAAGCUGCAGAGAACCCUCAAGUCCAGGCCAUCAUCGAACCGCGCCUGACGAUGCUCACCGAGAUUGCUAAUGGCUUCUUGUCGACCAUCAUUGACGGGCUCGAGGAGGCACCAUACGGUAUUCGGUGGAUUUGCAAGCAGAUCCGCAGUCUGACGAAGCGCAAGUACCCUGACGCUAACGAUCAGGUCAUUUGCACUCUCAUCGGUGGCUUCUUCUUCCUCCGCUUCAUCAACCCCGCCAUUGUGACGCCCAAGUCGUACAUGCUCAUUGACGGCCAGCCUGCGGAGCGCCCGAGAAGAACACUAACCCUGAUUGCAAAGAUGCUGCAGAACCUGGCCAACAAGCCUUCGUACGCCAAGGAACCUUACAUGGCCAAGUUGCAGCCCUUCAUUCAAGGAAACAAGGACCGCGUCAACAAGUUCAUGCUUGACCUAUGCGAGGUGCAAGACUUUUACGAGAGCUUGGAGAUGGACAGAUACGUGGCCCUGUCGAAGAAGGACCUGGAGCUGUCCAUUACAUUGAACGAAAUCUACGGCAUGCACGCCCUCAUCGAGAAGCACCACGGCGAACUCUGCAAGGAUGACAACUCGCAUCUUGGUAUCAUCAUGUCAGAGCUGGCGGCAGCACCUCCUCAGGUUCCGCGUAAGGAGAAUCGCGUCAUCAACCUUCCCCUCUUCAGCAGGUGGGAGACGGCGAUCGACGACUUGACCGCGGCGCUCGACAUCACGCAAGAGGAGGUGUACUUUAUGGAAGCCAAAUCCGUCUUUGUGCAGAUCAUGCGAUCCAUUCCUGCAAACAGCAGCGUUGCCCGACGACCUUUGCGACUUGAGAGAAUCGCGGACGCGGCGGCUACGAGCCGCAAUGACGCGGUCAUGGUCCGCAAAGGCAUCAGGGCAAUGGAAUUGCUCUCUCAACUGCAGGAACUGAGAGUUAUCGACAAGAGCGACCAAUUCAGUUUGUUGCGUGAUGAGGUUGAGCAGGAACUCCAGCACCUUGGCUCUCUCAAGGAUGGUGUUAUCCAGGAGACUGUCAAGCUUGAAGAGGUGUACAAGACGAUUCGCGACCACAACACCUACCUCGUCGGCCAGCUGGAGACGUACAAGAGCUACCUGCACAACGUUCGCUCUCAAAGUGAGGGCACAAGGAGAAAACAGCAGAAGCAACAGGUCCUUGGCCCUUACAAAUUCACUCACCAGCAGUUGGAGAAGGAGGGCGUCAUCCAGAAGAGCAAUGUUCCGGACAACCGCAGAGCAAACAUUUACUUCAACUUCACCAGCCCCCUGCCGGGAACUUUUGUCAUUUCUCUGCAUUACAAGGGACGCAACCGUGGUCUCCUCGAGUUGGAUCUCAAGUUGGAUGACUUGCUCGAGAUGCAAAAGGAUGGACAGGAUGACUUGGAUCUCGAAUACGUGCAAUUCAACGUCACCAAGGUUCUCGCUCUGCUGAACAAGCGAUUUGCGAGAAAGAAGGGGUGGUAA